AUGAACUCAAAAAUUAUUAUUGCUUUAAUUGCUAUUAUUAUUGCUUCAGUAUCUGGACAAUAUUACUAUCCAUCAGCUUAUAGUGGAUAUUAUCCAGGAUAUGCAGGAUAUGCAGGUUAUGCUUCAGGUUACCCAUCAUAUUUAGGAUAUACAGGUUAUGCUGGUUAUUACCCAUCUGCUUUUUCAUCUUUAUACUACGGAUAUGGAAGUAACAAAGGAGCCAAAGAUGAUAACACAAAUAAUCAAGCUCCACAAAUUAAACUUACAAAUAACCAAUAA